AUGCCCACCCAACAUAGGUUACUAGUACUAGUAUUUCGUAUGAGGAGAAAGAUUGUCGAGACGAAGUUAAAACGCAAGGAAACAAUCAUGUGGAGUAGACUUAAAGGGGAGAAGGUCGCAACCUUGUCAAGCAAGAUCAAGACAUCGGGUUACCCCAUUAUAUCAGACGAUGCAAAUCAAAUGUGGGAGACUAUGGCGGAAACCAUUCGUAAGAUGGCAAAGAAUACGUUAGGGGUGUCGAUAGGGAAACCAAGGGUGUACAAAGAGUCGUGGUGGUGGCACGAAGAGGUGCAAAAGAAGGUAAAGGACAAAAACAAAAAAUUCAAGGAGCUUAUGGCUUGUACGAAGGAGGAAGAUAGGAUACAAAAGAAAGAGAGGUAUAAAGAAGCAAAACGAGAGGCACAGAAAGCAGUAGCAGAGGCAAAGAGUGUUGCUUUGAAGCCUUUUAUCAAAAGCUCAAUAUCAAAGAGGGAGAGAAAUAUAUUUUUAAGUUGGCUAAAGCUAGAUGGUCUAACAAAGGAAAGUCGACAAACUUCGGGCAUCGAAAGAACACAGGUUUAUGGGUCGAUUAGUGAUAUAACCACGGCGGAAGUAAGAAAAGCUCUCAAAAAGAUGGGGGGAUUUAAGACAGUUGGACCCGAUAACAUUCCGAUUGAGGUGUGGAGGGGUUUAGGAGAAGAAGGCAUUCAUUGGCUUACUAAACUCUUUAAUGACAUCUUGAGAUCUAGUAAGAUGCCGGAAGAAUGGAGGGUUAGCACAAUUAUCCCACUGUUUAAGAACAAGGGCGAUGCACAGAAUGAGGGAACUAUAGGGGUAUUAAACUUCUAA